AUGUUUUUAGAAAUGGCCAAAAAGAUCAAUAUAAACGUCAAUUUGGAAGACUAUACGAAAUUGGACAAAAUCGGUGAAGGAACGUAUGGCGUCGUGUACAAAGCUCAACACAAAGAAACGAACCAAUUGGUAGCGAUCAAGAAAAUACGACUUGAGUUUGAAGAUGAAGGCAUCCCUGCAACGGCAAUACGUGAAAUUUCAAUGCUACAAGAGCUUGCAAAUCCAAAUAUUGUCGAAUUCAUAGGGAUUUCACUGCAGGUAAUGUGUCCACGUCGAGUUGCCCAGAUCAACUCACAGCGCGCGGCGGCUUCUGGUCAGACGUCUCGUCGUGCGACAUGCUGUUCGGAACCAUCGCCUAUCACCCCUGCGCAGGACGUAGAUAGCGACCUACCUAACGGUUCAUUGCAGGAAAGCCGUCUUUACCUUUUCUUCGAGUUCAUUAUGAUGGAUUUGAAAAAAUAUCUCGAUCAAAUACCAUCAGAAGAAUAUCUUCCGAAGAAGACUGUGCAACGUUUUGCCUUCCAGAUCUGCCAAGCGAUGUGCUUCAUGCAUCAGCGUCGAGUGCUUCAUCGUGACAUGAAGCCACAGAAUCUGCUCGUUGACGAGAAGGGAGUCAUCAAAGUGGCUGAUUUUGGCUUGUCGCGCUCGAUAAACAUUCCAGUACGGAUUUAUACACAUGAGAUUGUAACUCUAUGGUACCGCUCUCCGGAAAUCCUUCUCGGAGCUCAACGCUAUGCUGCCGCUGUCGACGUUUGGGCAAUUGGUUGUAUUCUGGCGGAGAUCGUGCUUAAAACAUCGCUGUUCAAAAGCGAUUCAGAGAUUGAUCAGCUCUUUCAAAUAUUCCGGUUACUUGGCACCCCGACCGAGAAGCAAUGGCAUGGUGUGAUGAAAAUGCCCGAAUUCAAGACUAGAUUCCCUAAAUGGACUAAGAAUCAAUUGGAGGAAAAAUUGAAACCGUAUUGCGAUGCUACAAUGAUAAACUUGAUUCAGGCAAUGCUGAAGUAUGAUCCAGCUCUACGAAUCUCUAUGAAGGGAGCGCUAAAUCAUUCGUAUUUCAACGAUAUUGACACCAGUGACAUCCCUGCAGGAAACUAUCGUGGCGAAAUCUACGGCUCAUAA